GAUGUACUCAAUGAAAAUGGCUCGUCACCAACUGCAAUACCACGUCUAUGAUUGGUCGAGAGAUUUUUGCGCGGUGCAUUUCAGCCAAUCAGAGCAUUGUUUUCGCGCUCGUAUGUAAAGCCUCAGAUAAAUGGCGAACGGAAGGGCAAACUGUAAACAAAUACUACAGAACUGGGCAUUUUAGGCGAAUUGUGACUUUUAAGGGGAAAAUAACUCAAAGUUGCGAGUACUUUCAAAAUACAAACGGAAAUAAUUGAUAUUCGACAGUCAGCGAAAAUAUGAACUAGCCUCAUGCAGCGCUAGGAAGCUACCUAGGCCUGCCGACAUUUGCGCAGAAUUGGAUAUUGGAAGUGCUGUAAUGCGAACGCGGGCUAGGGAUAGAGACCCGCACAGUUAACAUAAUUAUCACUUAGAAUCUGUUUUAAAAUCAUAAUUUACGGCUGAUAAAUCUACAACUAGUCAGUAUCAUGAGUACAAACUCGGACAGCAACCAGCCGUCCGAAAUUAUCCAGAGAAAAAGAAGUGCAAGUCCGAGUGGAGAGAGUGAGUCCACGCUGCUCAAGCAGGCGAAAGUAAGUGAUGAGGAACCAAGAAAUGAGUCUCAUGAAGAUGCAGACCCCGAGAAAGUUGGGAAUGGUGAGCCAAAGCAUGGAGCUGAGCUCCCCGAAGGAACUGAAGAGAAGGAUGUCGUAAUUCAGGAUGAAGCAGCCGCACAGGAGGAGAGCACGAGACAGGCUGGUGGAGGUGAGAGCGCGCGCCAGCAGUCAGAUUACGCUGCCAUCGCCGCAGCAGAGGCGCUUGCGAGUCUGACCGGUGGAGACGGGGACGAAGACUGUAAAGAAAUGCCCUGUUCGUCUAAAAAAGCGAGCCGAGAGAAAUCAAGGGAUAAGUCCAAUCGUCCAGGUUGCUCUCAGAGCGAGAGAAGGACUGAGGCAGCCGCGGCGGACAGCUCCUCAUCCCUGCUGAUCUGCGAGGACAGAGAAGACCCAGAGCAGGCAUCGUUUGUGGAUGAUGAUGAGGAGGAGGAGGAGGAUGAAGACUCCCUUCCUGGCUCUUCCUCCACAGCCAGUUCGUCUGUCGCCUCUGAUAAUGAGGAUAACGAGGACGGUGAGUGUGCCAUAGUGUCGGUGAAGAUGGCCCCGGAGGUGCGGCAGUCAGUCGCGCUGCUCGCACAGGUACAGAUGCGGCUGGAUGCUCUGGAGAAGAAAGGCGCGCGUCUGCAUCAACGUCUGGAGAUGAAACUGAGCCGCCAGCGACGCCCUCACCUGGACCAGCGCAGCGCCAUCACGCAAGCUAUCCCAGGCUUCUGGGUCACUGCUCUUCUGAAUCACCCACAUCUAUCAGCACAAAUCGAUGAGUCUGAUGAAGACGCUCUUAGCUACAUGACUAAUUUAGAGAUUGAGUCUUUCAAGAACAACAAACUUGGAUACCGCAUCUGCUUCCAUUUCCGGCGAAAUCCGUUCUUUCAAAACAAAAUGAUCGUGAAAGAACUUCAUCUUGGUAUGGGAGGGUCUCCGGUGUCCUUCUCAAACCCAAUUUUGUGGCACAGAGGACAGAAUCUGGUCGGGAGCGGAGAACCGCGUCGAACAUCACAGGGAGUCUACCAGAGCUUCUUCCAUUGGUUCAGUGAUCACAGCAACCCAGGAAGGGAUGACAUAGCACAGAUCCUGAAGGAAGACCUGUACAGAAACCCUUUGAGGUACUACCUGACUCCACUGUGGGAGCCACGGGAGAAUGGCAGCAGCGCUGCCAAACCUAAGGGCAGCAAUAACGGAGACGAGUGUGUGAUCAUCUCAGAUUCAGAUGAAGAUGAGGAGCAGAGUAGCCAAAACUUGGGGCAGGAGGAUGAAGAAGGGGAUGACCAAGUCAGAGGCUCAGAAGAGAAUGACAGAGAUGAUGGGGAAUCCUCCUAUGAGGAGAGAGAUGAAGAGGAAGUGGAUGUUGAGGAAGUAGAAGAGUCACGUGACUCCGGUGGUUGUGAGGUCAGAGAGCAAGGACAGGAAGAGGAAGAUAUUGAUGUCGAUGAAGAAAAGAGUUAGGACCUGGUGUUGUCUCAGUUUCUUUUUAUGCAGAAUAGCAUCAUUAGAUUUUUCUAUGAUCUAUUUUACUGAUUGUUUUCUGGAUAAAUUAAGAAUCUGUUUAAAAUAACAAGUGGUUUAACCGUGUCUUCAUUGUAGAUGGUACUUUCUAUACAUCAAAGAUCAUGAAUAUUCACAUUCAGUGUGUGCACUCCUUCAAAAACGUAGUUUCUUUAAGAUUUUACACAACUUUGCGUUAACAGAUUUCACUGGGAGGGCUACUGAUACCCAUAAUACAGCUCUUUUAUCUCAGAACUGACUGUUUAAAGCUUGGGAUUAUAGACUGCACUUAGUUUAGUUGUUUCUGGCUAGUUUAGAGUCCAGGUUGUUGUCUUUUUUUGUCAUUUUAUGGAAUACAGUAGCAUCGUCUAACACCAACAAGUACAUUUUUCACAGCAGGAGGCUACGUAAUCAUGACCAGUUAUAAAAACACACUAUGCUUUCCUGUUUCUACACUUAAGGGCCUAAUCAUAUUCAUCAGUCAUUGCUAUAAUAUUUUUGGUUAAUUGUUGUUUGUAACUUUUUUUAGUAUCCACAUUUACAGAAUUCUAGCAUAAUGAACGGCAUUGUUAUUGUCAUGUCGUCUUAUUGUUCAUAAAUUCUACCACCACAUUUUAGCUGUAAGGAAAAAGGUCAAACAUUCUCAAAUGCACUUCGUUCUGAACCAAAACUAGAUAACUCAGGGAUGUUUACUGUCUUUACCCUCCUUAUAGAUGUGUUUUCCUUAAGUUGCGUUCAUUCAAUUUUGUGUCUUUAAUACAUAAUACCUUUAUGAGUGUUUGUUUAUUGAUGAACAUUUAAAUAAUUGUAGGUUUAUUUCACCUUGUGUACAUAAGCAGCUAAAAUCCUGACACUGUUAUUCUUGCUAUGGGGUUCAGUGUCAUGUGAUCCUUUUAAACUACUUGUCAUUUCUAGGAAUUGAGUUCUACACACUAUCAACACAUGGAUGUUUAUUCACUUCAAUGAAUAACAAUUGUAAUGUUAUUUAAAUGAGCAAAAGUUUGGCAAGGCCAUCUCGUUGUGAUAUUUCUUUUGACAGCAUGAUGUGUGCACUCAAUACUCUGUCCAGUUAAAUGCUUAGAUAAUGUAAAAAUAGUGAAUAUGUAUGUACACAUUUGUUCCUUUGACUUCUGUCAUAUUCAUCUUUUUUUUUUUUUUUUUCAUUUAUUUCUAAUAGUACUACUUCUGCUCCUUUUGCAAUAUAUUUUUCUUUGGUCAGUCAGUUAUUAGAGUAAAAACAUUCUAAAUUGUUGUUAGAGGAAUCUGUAACAAGAAAACUGUGUUAAACAUAUUUAGUUUACAUUGAUUUUGAGUUUUGACCUGUAAAAGUUUGGUUUUAAAAAAUUGAAAAGCUGUUAACUCAUUGUAAGUAUACUGGAUUGUACUUGUUUUUCCCCACGAGGCCAGUGGUUUGUACAUAAUCCUUUCCCUUAAAAAGGGUUUAUAAUAUGUUAUUGAGUUAUUAGGGUAGAUUUGACCCACAAUAUCAAAGAGACGCUAUAUUUUGUGUGCUAAAUUUUAUAGAGAACUACAAUUUUUAAAUGUUUUGGUUUGGUUUUUUGUUUUCCAUGUCAAAUAAAGUUUUUGUCUUUUCAUUCACAAAA